GAGAGGCGGACUACGGAGGCCGGCGGGGGUCAGGGCGGGCGCGGAGCGGCGGCACCGGCAGUGGCAUCGGUCAUCGGUGGCUACCAUGGAGUACGUGACCGCCGAGCAGCUGGCCGGCUUCAGCAAGUACAAGUACAGUGCCGUGGACAGCAACCCCCUAUCUCUCUACGUCAUGCAUCCCUUCUGGAACACCAUAGUGAAGAUCUUCCCUACCUGGCUGGCCCCAAAUUUGAUAACGUUUUCUGGCUUCCUGCUACUUGUCUUCAACUUCUUCCUCAUGGCAUACUUCGACCCUGACUUUUAUGCUUCUGCUCCUGAUCACCAGCACGUUCCCAAUGGAGUGUGGGUCGUUGUGGGGCUCCUCAACUUCAUUGCCUAUACAUUAGAUGGUGUUGAUGGGAAGCAAGCUCGCAGGACCAACUCCAGCACACCCCUGGGAGAGCUCUUUGACCACGGCCUGGACAGCUGGGCCUGUGUCUAUUUCGUUGUGACAGUUUACUCCACCUUCGGACGUGGCUCCACCGGCGUCAGUGUCUUCGUCCUCUACCUCCUCUUGUGGGUGGUCUUGUUUUCAUUCAUCCUCUCCCACUGGGAGAAGUAUAACACAGGGAUCCUCUUCCUGCCCUGGGGAUAUGACAUCAGCCAGGUGACCAUUUCAAUUGUCUACAUAGUGACAUCCAUUGUGGGAGUUGAGGCCUGGUAUGCACCUUUCCUGUUUAAUUUCUUAUAUAGAGACCUAUUCACUGCAAUGAUUAUUGCUUGUGCACUCACUGUAACGCUGCCCAUGAGCCUCUACAACUUCUACAAGGCCCAUAAAAACAAGACCUUGAAGCACCACUCAGUGUAUGAAAUCAUGUUGCCACUGGUGUCCCCAGUGUUGCUCUUCCUGCUCUGCACCACCUGGAUCUUCGUGUCCCCAACAGACAUCCUGGAGGUCCAUCCCAGGCUCUUCUAUUUCAUGGUUGGAACAGCCUUUGCUAACAUUUCUUGCCAGCUGAUCGUCUGUCAGAUGAGCAGCACUCGCUGCCAGCCGCUCAACUGGAUGCUGCUGCCCAUCGCGGCCGUGCUGCUGCUGGUGGUGUCUGGCCUGGUGCCCAGCAGUGAAGCCCUCCUGCUCUACUUGUUAACUGCCUUCCUCACCCUGGCACACAUCCACUACGGAGUGGUUGUGGUGAGCCAGCUGAGCAGACACUUCAAUAUACGUCCCUUCUCGCUAAAGAAGCCCACGCCGGAUUGACUAGGAGAGGAGGAAGAGAAGCUCAGCCUGCAGCCUGCAGAAGAACUGUAAAUAACUGCUGCAAACACCUGUAAAUACUUCAGCCAUCACCACGGAUCCAAACCCAUCCUCUGGACAGACAGCAGGGCCAAGGACACACGGUAUCUGCCGCAGCCGGGGCAGGACUGGUACGGGGCAGCCCCCGCUGGUGCAAGCUCUUUUGGUUCGGGGUGGAACUGGACAAAGGGAGUAGCCUUUUGGGUCACCAUUACUGUACAUUAGACCAGCUGAAUGUUCCCAGUCAAACCUCAGCCUCCAGCUCUUGCUCAGGUGAAGCUGGCUGGGGAGGGAUGCAAGUGGUUUUACCUAAGCAAAACAUCUUGACCCCUCUCACCAAACGCAGCCUAAGAGCUGAUUCCUACACAGCCUUGGGGGGAGGAUGCUGCGGUCCUCGGGGGAGUUCCUGUCUGUCCCUCAUCCUGAUGGACAGCUCUUGUGUUCUCCCACCUUCUGUCCUGCCUUCCUGCAUCCACCUCUUUGGGCAAAACUUGCACCUUCUUCUUAAGAGCUGAGAAAGGACACACAAAGCUUCUGGUAAUGUUCUGCUUGGGGGUGAGGGCUUUGAAAAUGAAGGCUCAGUCUCUUGUAAAAGUCAGAAGGUGGCUUCUGCCUUCCCCCCGCCACAUGUCACCCACAUUCCUGUUUGUCCAUGUGCAUUUUCCACUUGGGAGUGGGAUCUGGGCUCUGCCCAGCAGCAGAAAGUGGCUUCCAGCAGCCUAGCUCUCCCCCUUUCCCUACCAGAACCAGCAUGCUGCUCCAGCUGGGCUCUGCAGGACCACUCUGCGCUGCCUCAGCCUCCUCUUUGCUAGCAGCACAUCCAGGCCCAUCCAUUGCCCUUGCUACCAGACCAUCCAGGGCAGCAAACCCACCACUCAAAGCAGCACCUUAAUCAGUGUUAUGUUGGUUGUAUGUGUGUGCUUUCAGAAGGCUCACAGGUGUGUCUCUGUGUGUGUGUGUGUCUUGGGAGGCAGGGUGGGAAUGUCUUUUCCAAACACCAGGUUGCAUUCAGAAGGGUUCUCCCCAGCUGCUGCAUGGCUCACCCAGGGCUGUAUUUGUUUACUGUCCAUUUGUACAAGACCUGUUCUCAUUGCUUGAUUUUUUAUGUUUAAUUUCUUAUGGGUUUUUUUUUGUCACUGAGUCAGAGUGAGGGUGGUGAAGACCUGAAUGCUGAGUUUUUUUAUCUUUUCUCCUCACUUGGUUUAAUGAAGAUCUUGUGCUUGAAUGAAGAGUGUAGCUUAAAGCCAGGCUCUGGAAAGGCUGCAUCCGGAAGUGAACAAGCACAGCAGGUUGUCCAUAUGUAAACCUACCGUGGGAUCAAAGUUGCUUAUCCACUGAUUGUCCUGCAACGUGCUUCAUAGAAGCUUGGUCACAAGAGUUCUCCUUCUGCAAGUGAAGUCUCCUGCUUUAGGAAGCCUUCAGGCAGUUACUGCUAUUUAAUGCUUUUCCUAUUGUAAAAUCAUUGUCUGUGAGACUUGAAAUCCCAAGGCAAGCUCAUGGGGUGGGUGUGUGGGUGGGACAUGACUUUGGGUUGGCUUUGCCACAGUAUGUCCUGUGAGGAGCCAGCUGAAUGUCUGCAUGGCUGGGCAGAGUGGUAAAGCCAGGAGAGGAGGGGCAGAGUGGUAAAGCCAGGAGAGGAGGGGCAGAGUGGUAAAGCCAGGGGAGGAGGGGCAGAGUGGUAAAGCCUGGAGAGGAGGGGCAGAAUGGUAAAGCCUGGAGAGGAGGGGCAGAGUGGUAAAGCCAGGGGAGGAGGGGCAGAGUGGUAAAGCCAGGGGAGGAGGGGCAGAGUGGUAAAGCCAGGGGAGGAGGGGCAGAGUGGUAAAGCCAGGGGAGGAGAGGCAAAUGCUUCCCAGAGUUGACUUAAUAAAGUAGUUUACUCAUGAUGUAUUUUACUGACAUAGAGGGGAAAAACAAAUCCCCAACAACCCAAGUGUACAAACUGUGGAAUCACAGAAUCAUUUUGGUUGCAAAAGACCUCUGAGAUAGAGUCCCAGACAUUAACCCAGCCCUGCCAGGUCACCACUAAACCAUGUCCUUCAGCACCACAUCUACACACCUUUAAAACCCUUCCAGGGAUAGGGACUCCACACUCCUGUGGGGGUUCCAGGGCUUGACAACCAUUUCCAUGAUGAAAUUGUUCCUUGUGUCCAACCUAAACCUCUUGUUUAGGCACAGCUUGUGGACAUCUCAUGGAGUCAACCAGGUUGGAAGAGACCUCCAAGAUCAUCCAGUCCAAGCUAGCACCCAGCCCUGUUAACCUAUUGUUUGUUCCUUGGAAGAAAGGAGUGACCCUGAAGAGGUCAAUGCUGUGCUUCAAUUUUGGACUCUUGCUAUUUAAUGGAGUAGAAUAAUUAUGGAGGGAGGUAAAAUUAAGUUGCACUCACACAAGGUUACAGGGAAGCUUAAAGUGGGACCUGACCACAUCCAUGGGACGUUUUCAGGUACCAAAGUGUGCUGGCAGCAUUGACAAGGAGCAGAGGUUGGAUGAUUUGCUUUCUAGUGAUGGAAUCAUCAACCCACAGAAUGGUUUGGGUGGGAAGGGACCUUUGAAGAUCAUGUAGUCCAUCCUCCCCUUCAGUGAGCCAGGGCAUCUUCUGCUAGAUCAGGGCAUUGCUGUGUUUGGUGGACAAGAGAAUACCUGAGCUAUUCCUUCAGGCUUUCAGCUGAGCUCUGGGGUCCUCUCCCAUCUCUUCCCACCAGCAAUGCUGGGCCCUGAGAACUGGGUCAGUACUGAGGCUGGGAGAAGUUGUCUGAUCUUUCCUCUUAGGAUGUCACUUUGUGUCCAUGUUGUUUGUCUGAUGUCUGACCCAUCUGGGAGCUGACUUGCUUCUGCAGCACCUCAUAUACCCUCAAACCCCUCUUGGUGAAGUGACAGACGUGGAAGCAGGGCUCCUGCUCUAAGGUCCUGUGCAAAUAUUUGUGCUGUAGGAGAAACAUCUCUCUUUCAAAGUGGAACUGCUUCCUGUCUGCACAAGCUUUGUCUCUGGAGAGUCUUGGAUUUUUGGUGCCUUAAUUUAUUGCACCUUGGUGAAGUGAAAAAAAAUAAUCUCCUUAAACCAGAGCUGGAGGCAGAGGAAGGAGAGAGCACAACUGAUCUCAGGACACAGGUGGCUCUGCUCCUGACUUCUGCUGCUGUGAAGCUGUGUGUGAGGGUUGUCUCUGGGCUGUUAGAAGGUGAUUUCUGCUCUCACCUUCUGUGAGGGGCAUGGAAACAAACAGCCCAAAGCAUCUUGCCCUGGUGGCAUGUGACAUGCUGAGAAACAAACCAUUUAUUAAUGACAAUGGGUUGAAGUCUCAAGAAUAAAUGUGUUCCUCUUGGCUGGCAGUGUCUGAGGGUGGUUGUGUCUUGGUGUGGUUGCUUGCUGUGCUGGUUAGACUGUGUAGGAGCAGUGGGAUGUGCUCCUGAGGAUGGGAGAGGGUUGGGUGGCCAAGAAGGCCAAUGGUCACCUGGGAUGGAUUAAGGUGAGUGUGACCAGCAGGUUAAGAGAAUUUCUUCUCUCCUACUCUGCCCCAGUGAGGCUAUGUCUGGAGUACUGGGUCUGGUUCUGAGUUCAAGAGAGACAGGGAGAGAGUGCAGCAGAGGCUACAAAGAUUAUAAAACCAUAGAAUGAUUUAGGUUGGAAAGGACCUCAAAGCUCAUCCAGAUCCAACCCCUUGCUAUAGGCAGGGACACCUCCCACUAGAGCAGGUUGCUCAAGACUUCAUCCAACCUGGCCUUCAACACCUCCAGGGAGGGAGCAGCCACAGCCUCCCUGUGCAACCUGUGCCAGUGUCUCACCACCCUCACUGUAAAGACUUCUUCCUAACAUCUAGUUUGAAUCUCCUCUCUGCCAGUUCAAAUCCAUUACUCCUCAUCCUGUCAUUACAAGACCUUGUCAGUAGUCCCUCCCCAGCCUUCCUGUAGGUCCCCUUCAGAUACUGGAAGGCCACUCCAAGGUCUUCUUGAAGCCUUCUCUUCUCCAGGCUGAAAAGCCGCAACUCUUGUAGCCUGUCCUUAUGGCAGAGCUGCUGCAGUCCUCUGAGCGUCUUCAUGGCCCUCCUCUAGACUCAUUCCAACAAUUCCAUGUCCUCCCUGUGUUGUGUUGGAGGCUCCAGAACUGCACACAGUACUCCAGGUGGGGUCUGAUGAGAGCAGAGUGAAGAUGUUGAAGGGACUGGAGCAUCUCUGUGAGGAGAAAAGGCUGAGAGAUGUGGGGCUGUUUAGCCUGGAGAAGAAGAGACCAAGCUGCCCAGAGAGGUUGUGGAGUCUCCCUCUCUGGAGAAGAUUCCAAACCCAGCUGGAUGCAAUCCUAGGCAACCCACUCGAGGUGUCCCUGCUUGAUGAAGGGGUUUGGAUGAGAUGAUUCCCAGAGGUCCCCUGGAUGCAAUCCUGGGCAACCCACUCGAGGUGUUCCUGCUUGAAGAAGGGGAUUGGAUGAGAUGAUUCCCAGAGGUCCUCCUCAGCCCCUUCCACGAUGGGAUUCUGUGCUACAGGCUGAGUAGGAUGCACACUUGUUCCUCAGCUCCUCCUGCCCUCUGGUUGAGAGCUCAUCUGUGGUGUUUCUUUUCCAGGGGUAGUGUUGAUCAUACUUCCUUAGCUCCUGAUGGACCUGCUGAGUUGAUGACAGGGAGUGUCUUGGUUUGUUCUCUAAUCCAUUUUGCACAUUUUAUGUCACUACAGAGUACUACCAGGAAAAAAAAAGAACCCAACUUGUUCAGGGCUGAGUACAGUUCUUCAUGACCCACUGGGACCUCAGUCUCCUGGCUGUGGGCUCCAGGCAGAUGCUUGUGCUGUGACAAGAGGUAACUGAUGCUGCCAGACCAGCUCCUCCAGGUCCUCACCAUGCUGUGGCCCAUCAGCCUUCACUCUAAGGCAGCUGCUUUUGGGGGGAGUUUGGAGCACACCAACCUGUCAGCACAGGACCUGGGUAGCUGAGGUGGAGGAGCAGCUUUGCUUGCAGCCUGUUUCAUCUCUGUCUUGUGGUUCAUAGCUGGAGGUUUGGGCUACUGCAGGAAUUUAGAAACAGAUGUGAGGCUGAAGUGCAGGUUCUGGGGUAUCCUGGGGCUUGGGUCGAAGUGGCUGUGGCACUAAAAGCAGCAGUUUACAGGUAUGAGCCCUGCAGCUGACCUGUGGGUGCAGGAGGGGAAGUCCAACCCAGCAUCCACAUGCGGCACUUACAGCUCAUUCCUCCCCCCCAGUGCCACAAAGGACCCCUCUGAGGUCAGUCACUGUGGGCUUGGCAGCAGUUUCUCCUUGUAAACAUCAGCCCCCUGAUCCAGAUGGCUUUGCUAGAGCCUGAGGAGCAGAAUGUUGGACACAUGAGCUCCUAAAGCUCUGGAAACAUACAUUUAAGCUCCUUAAAUAGAGCUGGCCUGGUGUUACCUCCUGGGUGAGUUGAGUACUUACAGUUUGUAGUCUGAGAGCUGUUUUGAUCUCAGUCAGAACUCUUCUCCUCUGAGGGCAUCUUGUGAUAGACCUGGAAGGGCUAACGUGGUUGUAAACUUGGCUCAUCCUCCUGCCCACCUAUUCCACCUCACUGUGCUGUGUUGAAGCAGUGCCCGAGGUGGUGUGGGGGCUGCUUUUGGUAGGAGCUGGUGGCUACUAUGCUGCCUGCUUCUGGAGGUCACUGAUGUUUGUAGAAGACCCAUUGGUCCAUCCAGGUGUGGUCCAUCCAGAGGCUGGUCUCUUAAGAGGCUAGGCUGGUCUCAAGGAGCUGCUGCUCCAGGAGCGAAGGUUCUUGGUGAAACUCGCUGCUCCAAGGUGCCACUGGCAUCUGUGGUGGCCUUUUGGUGGGAGCUGGUGCUGUGCUUCAAGCUAGAGACCUCAUUGAUCAACAUCUUCCACCCUGCUGCCCUCUGUGGUGUCUCAGGCUGACCCUCAAGCUGAAGCAGAGGGUGGGUUUGGUGGUGGUCCAUGUUGUAUUUAAUGCCAGCCCCUCUGGAAGAGGAAGAUGGUGAGUCCCAGGCUGGUCUUCUGUGUGAGUGCUGAGUCACUUUCUCCUCCAGCUGUAACCUGCACCUGAAGGCAAAGCAGGGCAGAGCAUCAAACCCGGCCCACAGAGGCAGGGUGAGAUGGGGCAUUUCAGACUCAACUUUGACAUCUGAGUGCUUUUGCAAAGCCCCUGCUCUUGGGGCUCCUGUCAGUGGGAGCACAGGGAACUUGGAAGGUCUGUGUCUGUGUGGAUGUGUAGUUCUUCUGGGCAAGGUGGGGAAGGGGUUGCUGAUGCUGCCUCAUCUUCCUGGAAACAAGCUUGGAGGCACUAACUGGGCUGCAGCCCAAUCUUCUGCCACCAACCUCCUGAGCAGUGAGGCUGCAGAGACAAUGCUCUCUGAUGGACCUGCAGCUGUGGGGGGCUAUGGAAUGGUGCAAGAAAAGUCACAUUUAGCGCUCCUGAGGGGGGAGUUGGCUCUGUACCUUCCCCACUAAGCCUUUUAGAGGAGCUGCUGUCAGCAGGAUCCUGGCUCUCCUGGGCUUCAGGGUGCUCUGCUCAGCUCCCCACUGGAGCUGAGUGAGCUUAGACCCUCUGCAUGAAGUUGCUCCUUGCAAGGCUCAGAUGAAGCAGCUGUCCCAGCAGUGCCACGAUGCCAGGGCUCACAUCCCUGAGCCCUGUUGCUGGGAGUUUUGGUACUACAGUAGGUUUGAGUUCCAGGCUAUUCGAUGCUGUUACUGAAAUGGGUUUUAUUUUGUUUCUUCUGUGUUGAAACCAAACUAUUCAAAGUUCAGUGAAGAAUAAAAUUUUCCAAGCCUUUUAA